CUUUAACAAUUGUUAAUAUUAUUAAUACAUCUUAUAGUCAUCAAAAAUAUUAUUUUUUUAAAAAAUAUGUAUGUAGGCUUUGACCAUAUAAACUCAUACAUACUCAUUCAUUCCAUAGGUGUUAUGACCAGUGCUAAAAUCAACACAUUUUCACAUAUCAUCAAUCAAUGGCAAAGAAACCUGUGAAAUAUUACGUGGUUGAUGCUUUCACUGAUUCAGCAUUCAAAGGAAAUCCAGCAGCAGUGUGUUUAUUAGAAGAAGAAGAAGAGAAGGAUAAUCAAUGGUUGCAAUCAGUUGCUGCUGAAUUCAAUAUGCCUAUGACUGCUUAUUUAACUCCCAUUCAUGGAACCUCUGUUCCUCGUUUUGGUGUUAGAUAUUUUACUCCUUCUAGUACCGAGGUUAAUCUUUGUGGGCAUGCUACAUUAGCAGCUGCACACAUACUUUUCUCAUCUGGUUUGGGGGACAAGAAUGUUAUUGAAUUUGUGACGCUAUCUGGACUUUUAACUGCUAAAAAAGUCCCUUCGAUCGAUGUCACCAGUGCACCAAAUUUGCAGAAUGGUGAAGCUAAGGAUGGAUUCUAUAUUGAAUUGGAUUUUCCUGCUGAUCCUAUUGCAGAAUUCAACUCUAAUGACACUUCUCUUAUUUCUGAGGCAUUGAAUGGUGCUUCCAUAGUUGAUAUAAAGAGGACUCAAAUUGCAGAUGAUAUAUUUGUUGUUGUCACAUCUGGAAAAAAUGUCACAGAAGUACAGCCACAACUUGAUGCAAUUUCUAAAUUACCUGGAAGGGGAGUAACUGUCACAGGGAUUGCUCCUCCAGAGUCCGGAUUUGAUUUCUAUAGUCGAUUCUUCGCCCCAAAAUAUGGAAUCAAUGAGGAUCCUGUUUGUGGGACUGCACAUUGUGGCUUGGCAUCAUACUGGAGCAAGAAGCUGGGAAAGUGUGAUUUAAAUGCUUAUCAGGCAUCAGCUAGAGGGGGAAUUCUCAAUCUUCGUGUUGAUGAACAGAAACAAAGUGUGUUUUUCCGUGGGAAGGCUGUUAUAGUUAUGGAAGGCUGUGUUCUGGUAUAACUUUGUUAUUAGCAUUGCAUUGAAAUAGUAGCUCACUUCAAUUGCACCAAGUAUAUGCAAUAAUAAAUAUUCUUAUGAUAUGAUACUUUAUCACACAAGGAAACAAUUUGGUAUCUGAUGUACACAAAAUUAGGUGUGCAGUGUAUUAGGAUUUAUUGAAUUGAAUAAAUUGGUCUAGUGGUUACUACUUUUUAGCAGGCAUCACCUAUUGAAGUAGUUGUUUGUUCAUAUUUCAUGCUAUUGGAAAAAAAGAAUA